GAAUUCAGUAAUGCUGACGGGGAGGAAUAUCCUAGUGAAUUCUCAGCUCAGGGCUCACCAGCCACGCAGAAUGGCCCCGAAGUUUAUAUUCUGCCUCUCACCGAAGUAUCUUUGCCAAUGUCUAGGCAACCUGGGCGCUCAGUGCAGUUGCUCAAAUCCACUGACCUGGGACGCCACAGUCUGCUAUACCUCAAAGAAAUUGGCCAUGGAUGGUUUGGCAAGGUGUUCCUCGGUGAGGUAAAUGCAGGGUUGAGCAGUACUCAGGUGGUGGUAAAAGAGCUUAAGGCCAGUGCGAGCGUGCAGGAUCAAAUGCAAUUCUUGGAAGAGGCACAGCCUUACAGGGCACUCCAGCAUACCAAUCUCCUGCAGUGCCUGGCUCAGUGUGCGGAGGUGACACCCUAUCUGCUGGUGAUGGAAUUUUGCCCAUUGGGUGACCUAAAGGGCUACCUACGAAGCUGCCACACUGCAGAGGCUCUGGCACCCGAUCCUUUGACGCUGCAGCGCAUGGCCUGCGAGGUAUCCUGUGGCUUGCUGCAUCUUCAUCGCAACAACUAUGUCCAUAGUGACUUGGCCUUGCGGAACUGCUUACUCACAGCUGACCUUACCGUCAAAAUUGGUGACUAUGGCCUUUCUCACUGCAAAUACAAAGAUGACUACUUUGUGACCGCCGACCAACUAUGGGUUCCAUUACGCUGGGUAGCCCCCGAAUUGAUUGAUGAAGUCCACGGCAACCUGCUGAUCGUCGACCAGACUAAGACUAGCAACAUCUGGUCUUUGGGUGUGACUAUCUGGGAGCUGUUUGAGCUGGGAGGCCAGCCCUACUGCCAUUAUUCUGAUCGGCAAGUCCUCACUUACGCUAUCAAAGAGCAGCAGCUUAAACUUCCCAAACCACAGCUUCCACUCUCGCUAUCUGAUCGCUGGUAUGAGGUGAUGCAGUUUUGCUGGCUUCAGCCAGAGCAGCGCCCCACCGCAGAAGAGGUGCAUCUUUUGCUCUCCUACCUCUGUGCCAAGGGGGCUUCCGAAGUGGAGGAGGAGUUUGAGAGGCGCUGGAACUCCAUGAAACCCGGAGGCACCGGCGGUUCAGGUUCUGGCUCCAAUCACAUGGGUUUGGAGCUUUCCUCCUUCCCUCUUCUGGAGCAUUUCUCCAACGAUGGUGAUGAUGUUCUCACUGUGAUGGAGACAAGCCAUGGUCUCAAUUUUGAAUACAAGUGGGACCAAGGGAAAGCUGAACAUCUCCCAGCCUCAGCUAUGAGCCCUGGUGGGGCUGCACGCUAUCAUGAUCUCUACUAUUCAGCUAGCAGCAGCAGUGUAGGUGGGGGCGGGCACCUCAGCCUGGGGGUGUCCCCCUCUUGCUAUGAUUGUAAAAUGCAGGGGUGCCCUGGUUUGCACACACCAGGGGUGGUCCCUGUGCUGAGUGCCCAUAGCCCCUCUCUGAACAGCGAGUACUAUAUUCGCAUUGAAGAGGUGGCAUCUGAAGGCAGUGGGAAUGACCUUGAUUAUACCGUGUGCUCCUACAGCCCUGAGUUUAGCCAUUCUUCACACUGGCAAACCAAGGAGGACCACUAUGAAUCCAGCAAUAGUCCCACCAUCUCACUCACCAUGGAACCCCUCCUGGGUCAAUCGGCACACACUGAAAGUCACUGGGACCCCUCUGAUUAUUACUCCUAUGGAGAACAAGACAAUAAAGAGGCCCUAUACUAUGAGGAUUCCCUGAAGGACAGUGCUGAGGACUACCUGCUCAAGGAUCCCAAUGCUUCUGAGUGGCCUGGUCUAGCUUUGCAGAAAACCAUUUUUGCUGAUCCACUGGGUGUGUCACCGUCAGUGAAUUACACUUGUAAGGAGACUAUAUCGGACUCAGUCAUUCUGGAAGUAGCAGAGGAGGAACGCUUGUGUGAUAGUCCUAAAAGUGAAAGAAAUGAAAAUUCUGAAUCCCCAAGUUCAGGCAAACAUUGGACAUCCAACACCUCAGCCAAAAAUGAUAGUGAUCACCUACUGCCAUCAUGUGAACCACUUGACAAAGAUAGCUGGUGUUACCGGCAUAUGAUCACCUUCCAGGGGUUAAUGGCACAGCCACUGUGCACAGUACCACGGGAUGAGCCAACGUUAGGGAUCAAAGAUCUGCGAGCAGCUCUGCUAGGUGGGGAACACUUGUCAUCAUCUCACAUAGGCUCCCCAUGUCCAGACAGUGAUUUGCCUGCAGAGGAAAACGUAUCAGUUGAAAGUGCUACUACAUUGUCUGGUGUAGAAAGCUCUACCGAUCCGUUGAUAGACAGCAGAGUGGAGAGCCCAGAAGCCACUACUCCACCAUCAGGGGAAGCAGUUUUGAUGGGGCUGUCAUCAACAUCAUCACUGUUAUCUUCCAAGGAAGAAGCUGCCAGCAGCAUGGAGGCUAUAGAUCCAAUUCUGCUGGAUGAAUCAAUAGCUGAGGUGUCAAACAUAGAAGAAGACCCUAUGGAAGAGACCUCCAUUGGAUGCUCACCUAAAUUGCCACAGGAGAUCAAUAUAGAAAGUGGCAAGAACACCAGUAGUGAACAAGAUAGAACUCCAGACAAGACUGUUUCCAGUACCAGUUUCCCUGACUUGGAUGAGGCCAGUGAUGAGGACUCAGCUGAUCUUACAUCUAGUGUUUUUAUUGACUUCCCAGUUGACUGUCUUGAGCAACAAGAUAUAAUCCCCACUUUCAAAAACUUACAGAAACAAGUAGGGACUCCAGAUUCACUAGAUUCAUUGGAAAUCCCCUCUACCACCAGCUCCUGUGAUACAUUCAGCCCCAUAGCUUAUAUAUCCUCAAGCCAGCCUAAGGCUCUGGAUAGUGGCUAUGAUACAGAGAACUACGAGUCACCUGAAUUUGUCCUCAGGGAACCUCAUGAGUCACGGGAAUCUGAAGGAUCUGAUAAGCUGGGAACAUCUGAAGAUGAUAAGGAUGAUCAAGUCAAAGAGCAGAGUCUUUCUGAUUCUUUUACAGCUGAGCUGCAGGCCUUGAAUGAGAAGAAUCCUUACCGUGACUCUGCCUAUUUCUCUGACUAUGAUACUGAAGGUGGAACUCGGGAAGAUGGGGAAGAGGACAGUGAUGCUUCUGAGGAACAUGAACUGGAGGUCUCCCAGUCACACACUGAAGAACUAAACGAAAACUCUGAACAAAUUGGCAGGACAGACGAGUCUCUGCCAGCUGGUCUUGAGCCCAUUUGUCCACAUGAAGACUGUGGGGGUUGCAUCUCUCCAGGAACAGAGGACCAGGACAUGGGGAAAGACAGAGAUAUUAACUUGUCACAGGAACUGUUGAAUGAAGCAACUGUUGAUGAGUUCGAUUCAAACUUCAUUCAGGAUAAGAAUAAUGGGAUUGUUGUGCAAUCACAGACACCAGCUCCCACCACCAGAUCUUUCGUCUUGUCUCUUGUGGUCACCAGUCCAGAGGAACCCACUAUAGGUGGUAAAGAAAAUGAGGUAAAGGAUUCAGGACAGGAGAAUGUGACAAAGAACACUGAACAACCUGAGGAAAGACGGGCAAUUGGCCAUCCCAAGGAAUCUCAGAGCAAUGUUGCGCUAUCACUGGAACUGUCGGGGGUACCAUCCAAGCUCUCAUGUAGACCCACUGAUCUUGAAGAGGAAGAAGAGGAUACUGAGGACAGUGAUGAGUCCGAUGAGGAGCUGCGGUGCUACAACAUUCAGGACCAGAGUGAGGAAAGUGAGGAGGAAUCACCUGCUGUGCCCAUUGUAGUGGCUGAGAGCCACAGUGCCCGUAACCUGCGCAGCCUGCUUAAGAUGCCCAAUCUAGUGGUGGAGACCUUUUGUGAUGACCUUGAGCGCAAGAAGAAAGCUGUUUCCUUCAUCGAAGAUGUUACUGUCUACCUCUUUGACCAGGAAAGCCCCACCAAGGAACUUGCAGAACAUCCUUUCCCAGGAGUGACCGAAGCUUCGCCAACGCCACCUGGGCAGGUGGAGAGCAAAGGUUCCCCAAGCUUAGCAGAUGGGAUAUAUUCACCCAACAGCAGCUCAGAAGGGAGCUCCUCUGAAGAGAAUAAAAGUGUUGGCUUUGGAUGGGAUGAUGACUUUUCCCUCAUACCUGUGAAAUCACCUCUCCUGCCAUCAAUGACUUCAGAGGCAGCUGAGGACAGUCUCCCCAGACUGUCACCCACGCUAGCAUCUGCUCAGAAGCAAGUGCUGCCCAUCCAGUUUUCACGCUUCACAGUCUCACCUGCUGCAGUAUCACGGUUCUCCAUCACACAUGUCACUGACUCAGAUGUCGAGCCGGUAGGAGGCAACAGCGAAAAUGGCAACAGAGAGUGA